AAAUAAUACUCCAGUGAGGGACGCUUUGCACGUCGUCUAAUCCAAAAGAAGGUGAAGUAAGGCUCUGUUUGGAGGAAAUUUUGGCAAGAAGGAAGAAGAGAACUAGACGCACGAACCAGCCAUAGCAGUGUGCGAUACAGAACCAGACGCACGAGCCACAGCAAAACGUUACUCGCAGCCUACUGCACACAUUCUCUCUCUGUCAGCGAUUCUAUGUUUGAACUGAUUUCUCUGCACCAAGAAGUUUCGGGACUUCCAGCUUCUCCUUCGCUCUGAACUGUAGAAAGAUAAUGCUAUUUUAAGAGUGUGAUCAAUGGCAAAUAUCUUGCUUUCUGUUGUAAAUCCCAACCUUGAUUUUCACCUUUUCUCUCCAUUCAUUCCCCACAAUCGAGCCCUUCACCCUUACCGGAACCAUAACCCUUGUUCACGUCUGGAAUUUCAUUUAUCCUCGCAUGUGAGCACCAAUCACUGUGUAAGACCUCUAUCUUGCAUUGCCAGUUCAAAGAAAUCCGAAUCCGAAUCUAACUCUGAUCCUAGCCCCGACCCUAAAUCGCAACGUAAAACAAGAACUCAGCGUCAGAAACCCAAAGUUCCCCAAAAGGAUGAAGAAAGAAUUUUCCCAACUAUGACCCCAAAAAAGUCCCGGCGUGGUCGCAAAAGUGAAGCGGCUGCAGUUGAGGAUUUCGUACGCGGUACGCUUGAACGAACAUUUGCAUCAAUCAGGGAGCAGAAUCCAGGAGUUUUGGAGAACAAGGAGAAUAUUUUCAAGGAAAGAGUUGAUGCGGUGAAUGAUUCUGAUGGAAGUAGUAGUGACGAUGAUGAUGAUGACGGCGAUGGUGAUGUGGGUGAAAGUGGCAACGGAAGAAAGAAGAAGAUGGUGGUUGAGGAGGAGAGUCAGGAUUGGCCACUGGAUGCUGAUGUAGGGUGGGGAAUUAGAGCAUCAGACUACUUUAAGCAGUACCCAAUUGAGAAUGUUGUUGGGGAAGAUGGUGUUGUGAUUGAUUGGGAGGGGGAGAUGGACGAUAAUUGGGUGAAGGAGAUAAAUUGUCUGGAGUGGGAGAGCUUUGCCUUCCACCCAAGCCCAUUGAUUGUUCUUGUUUUCGAAAGAUAUAAAAGGGCAACUGAUAAUUGGAAGGUUUUGAAGGAGCUCGAGAAAGCAGUCAAGGUUUAUUUGGGUGCCAAAGACCGAUUGCCUCCUCGGACUGUUAAGAUAGAUAUCAACAUUGAGAGGGAUUUGGCCUAUGCACUUAAAGUUAGAGAGUGUCCACAAAUUUUGUUUUUGUGGGGCAACAAGAUCCUUUACAGGGAAAAAGAGAUUCGAACAGCAGAUGAGUUGGUUCACAUGAUUGCACAUUUUUACUACAAAGCAAAAAAGCCAUCAUGGAUUAGUGGGUGAAGCUUCAUCACCACCAUAGUUUUUCAAACCUAGAUCCUUUAAAUGCAGGUGAGAGGUAUAGGUGGUGAACUAGAAGACCUUGAACACAUGUUUGAAGCAGUUGAUCUGUGACAUGGUUACAUUUCCCGUUGUCGUUUACGGCAACCCUUUAAAUUAGCCAUUGCAGAAAAUCGGGAACCAGCGUUGAAGAGGUCAGUACCAGUUCUUGCAAGUGAUGUUUGCGUGCUGCUUGCGUUUCAGAUGACAAGGAAGGUGUCACGAAGGGUAUGUCAUGGACAAUCAAACCAGAUUGGGGAAAAUAACUCAAUAGUUAGUUCCUUCUCUUUUUUGUAGUACUUUAUGAUCGCAUGUAUUUAGAGAUCUGUAUAAUUUAUCCGAUUGUUUUCUAUACCCUUCUCGCUCGGAUGGUAGCGAUUCUGGUUCUGUACCAAGUGGGGAUUCAGCUUGCUUUCUUGUUA